AUGAAGCUGUCGCACCUCCUUCUCGGCUCCCUUGUCUCUCUGGUCUCUGCCUCUGCCAUUGCACUCGAGAAUGACACCCCUGCCGGAGCUUCGGUAACAUUGCCCCAUUCGUCCUCGGUGUUUGCACGCGUUCCAGGUUCAUCUAAGAAGCCAAAGAAGGACAAUUGGGGAAAUUGUGUGGAGCAGGACAGGAAGAAGAUCACCAUUCGCGCAUCGAAGAGCGACACAGAUGACAUCAGCGCUGAUUUCCUCUGGGCUUUGAGGAAAGCGAAUCAUGGUGGUUUGGUGCAUCUGGAGAAGGGAAAGAAGUAUGUAAUUGGCAAGAAGUUGGACUUGACUUUCCUGAACGACGUGUAUGUCAAGCUUGAUGGGGAGCUCAAGUUCACUAAUGACAUCGAGUACUGGCAAGCUAAUAACUUCUACUACGACUUCCAGAAGAGCAUAACCUUCUGGAUCUGGGGUGGAAAGGACAUCAAGAUCUACGGCUCCGGCGUGCUGAACGGCAACGGCCAGGCCUGGUGGGAUGGCUUCUCGGGCGCGGAGAUCCUCGACCCUAACAACAAAUACUACCGACCGAUCCUCUUUCUCACAGACAACGCGACCAACGUAGAAGUCAGCGGCAUCCACCUAAAAGAUUCGCCAUGCUGGACGACAUUCAUGGUCCGCACCAAGAACGUCGUUUUCGACGAUGUAUACAUCGACGCCGUGUCCACCAACGUCUCAUCUCUCCCCAAGAACACCGACGGCUUUGACUCUUUGAAUGUCGAUGGUCUAACUGUCACCAACACCCGUGUAAACGUUGGCGACGACUGCUUCUCGCCAAAACCCAACACGACCAACAUCUUUGUCAAGAACCUGUGGUGCAACGGCACGCACGGCGUAUCCAUGGGCUCCAUCGGCCAAUACCCUGGCGUCAAGGAUUACAUCUCCAACGCUUGGAUCGAGAACGUGACUCUUCUGAACGGACAGAACGGCGCGCGCCUGAAGGCUUGGGCUGGACCCGAUGUUGGAUACGGAUACAUCGACAACAUCACCUACAAGGACAUCCACAUCGAAAACACCGACAAUCCCGUUGUGCUCGAUCAGUGCUACUUCAACGUGAACGAGACGACCUGCGCUGCCUACCCCAGCAAAGUGAACAUCACCAAUGUGAGCUUCCUCAACGUUUACGGGACGAGUAGUGGGGCUGAAGGUCGCGUCGUUGCGGACCUGACGUGCAGUCCGGGAGCUACUUGCAGUGGGAUCCACCUUGAGAAUAUCAACAUCACCAGUCCGGCUGGCAGCCCGCCGCAGAUCGUGUGCGAUAAUAUUCAGGGAGACAUUGGGGUUGAUUGCAUCCCCGCGAGUGAGGCAGAUGACUAG